UGCUGACGCAUAAAAUCUUAUCUCUAAUAACUUGGCUGCUCAAAACGAAAGAGUAGAUUCGUAAACAUGUCAAUUUUGUCACCGAAUUCACACAUUCUGUACCGAGAAAUCUACCAAAAGGAGGCACAGCAGCAGCAGUUGUGGAGCAGUUCGGUCUGGGUAAAACCAAAUGGGUUGGGUUUGGGUUUGGAUCGCUGCAGAAACGAGUGCAGAAAACGAGCAAAGAGAGAUUUGAGAAAUUGGGCGUUUUGGCCUGAAUUGUCCAAGCCUUCAUCUGUGGAGAUGGAGCCAAUUCAAGAUAGCGAGCACUUUGAUCGGAUUUUGGAAUCUGCUAAAGAGCUGUCUCAGCCCCUUCUUAUUGAUUGGAUGGCAACCUGGUGCAGAAAAUGCAUAUUUCUGAAACCAAAAUUGGAGAAGUUAGCUGCUGAAUUUGAUACCAAGUGA